GGAUGCGCCGGUCCCCAGCAUGGCGGCUUCUCGGACCUCCGGGCCGGUUGCUUCUGAGACUGCUGCUGCUCGGCUUCUGGCUGUACUGUGGGUCGUGUCAGUAACCACGGGACCUUGGGGAGCUGCCGCCGGCGGUGGCGAAGAGUCACUUAAGUGCGAGGACCUCAGAGUGGGACAAUAUAUUUGUAAAGAUCCAAAAAUAAAUGAUGCUACACAAGAACCAGUUAACUGUACAAACUACACAGCUCAUGUUCCAUGUUUUCCAGCACCUAACAUAACUUGUAAGGAUUCUGGUGGCAAUGAAACACAUUUUACUGGAAACGAAAUUGGUUUUCUCAAGCCCAUAUCUUGCCGAAAUGUAAAUGGCUAUUCAUACAAGGUGGCGGUUGCACUGUCUCUUUUUCUUGGAUGGUUAGGAGCAGAUCGAUUUUACCUUGGAUACCCUGCCUUGGGUUUGUUAAAGUUUUGCACUGUAGGAUUUUGUGGAAUUGGGAGCCUAAUUGAUUUCAUUCUUAUUUCAAUGCAGGAUUUGGGCCUCCUUGAUUUUAAUAGAGAACUCUCAGUGUGUAGAUUUCCAGAUUUUCCUUUUUCCAUCUUCAUAUACCACUUUACAGAUUCUGUUUAAUUUUUUGUUGUUGCUGAUGUUUUUGUUUUGUUGUCUUAGUUAAAAACAUUAUUCUGAGAUUUAUUUAAUAGAACUUUGAGAUUUAUAUGAUAAUAGUCUUUCUUAGGCUACUGUCUCUAUGAGAUAGAUAGCUUAUUACUCUGAUAUUAAUGUGUUUUCCAAAGGCAAGUUGCCACUUGUCCUUUUCGCUUCUGAAAAAUGAAAGUAUGACUUAUUCACAUUUUUUAGUGCUUUAUUAUUAAGAAAACUGUCUUAAAUGUUGAAUGUUUCUGUCUUCUGCAUUUUGAUCCUUCAAAGCAAUUAAGCCAUGGUGCGAACAAAUACCAUCUAUAUUGCCUGGGGCUGCAGUCUUGUAUAUGACAACCUACCUGUUUUUUGGAGCUUUCAGAUCUGUGUUUGCCUUGGUAUCCAGGGAGCUAAAGGUCAUCAGAGAGUCUGAAACCUUGAGGCAACGCAGAUACUCUUGGCAUUGAUUCAGGAUUCUGAAGUGUGAACUUUCUCCUUUUUGCUUUGGGAGUGAUGCACUAGCUUUUGGUGGACCAGAUGCUGACUCAUCUAGCUCAGUGCAGUUAUAUUUGAAGCUGGAUGGACAAAGUGGGAACACCAACCAGAUGAUUAAUGUCUUCCAUCUGUUAGCACUGCCUGGCAGAUGCCGGCACAAGUGUCUUAAGUGAUGCACCAGUGUCUGGAGGAAGCAGCACCUGUAUGUUAGCACUAAUUUUUCUUGCCGUGUUUUGAAGGGUUUUAAGAAGAUGGAAAUACAUGAAAUGCUAUGUCCCCAAAAUACUGUCAUACUCUUACUUUAGUAACAGGCAUACCAAUUUCAAACAAUUGGUAUUGGUAUCCCUUACUGGGAUCUGGGCUUUUCAAAAGUAAAAAACAUAAUUUUUCAUCACUCAUUUCACUCAAAAAUAUACAGUAUAGUACAGUUAGCUUCAUAGUAUGUUAGUCAUUCAGUAACAGCUUCUCCAGUUGAUGCGAGAUUAUUAAGUAUUGAUAUAAGAAGUGAAUUUGGAUUGAUUCCUAAUAUAUACCAGGAAGGGUCUCUGAUUUGUUCAUUAGUGAAAAUACUGAGUGUCUAUCAUUUGGGAGGCACUGUUCUAGAUUCUAGGAUGCAGCAGUGGACAAAACACUAACAUCUCUGUCCUUAAGGAGCUUAUAUUUCUUUGGGAUCCACUUUUUCACGGUGAUAUUUUUGGCCUCAGUUAAGCUAGAUGCCCAUUUUCUAGUAUUCCCUAGUUCCUUUUGGUUGCUCACAGUGCUUUGAAGUUUACUUACCUAAGCUCAGAUUUAAAAGUCUGUAAGUUUCCACAACUAUGUAACUUCAAUUACAUGAGAAAUACCUGCAGUCACAUCUUGAAACAAAUCUUGCUUCCUAUGUAAUUGUUACAGUUACCUUGACCAGGUGGGAAGUCUGUUUCCAAGCAUGUGCUUCUCAAAAGUAUUUAUUCAAAUAAGCUGUACUCUGAAAGAGUUUUUGGUAAAAUCUAGAAAUAAAGUCCCUUCACAGUACACUCUUAAACCUUUAGACUUAAUUUUCACUAUAAUUUCCUAAAUUCCUAAAAAUGCUUUCAUUUUUCCUAUUUGUGUAAUUCCCUGUUGCCUAAUACAUGUAAUUCUUUUACAGAUGGUUUUUUGUGUCUUUUUAUUUAUUUAUUAUGGGAAUACAUUUAAAGCAUGUGAAUACAGUUUUGUUUUGGUUUUGUUUUUUAGUUUCAUAGAGCACUAUAUUAUUAUGGCUAUUUGUUAGUAGUGUGUGUAGGAAUUAUAUGUUAAGGCCUCUGUAUGAGAUGUUUUAUAUGAUAACCCUGAUUUUAGAACAGUGGCCAAAAUUGUAAGAUGGAUUAGCUCAGUCAUUCCUGGGAUUACUCCUAAACCCUCUAGAGUAAAAUGGAAAGGAUUCUUUCAGUUCUAUAGAAACAGUUAGUGUUCUACAGAAGCAUUUAUAAAUGGUACUACUUUAGCCUGAAAGGAUUAAUACAAUUUCCAGAAGUACCUCUUUACCCAGGAAGAUUUCUUACC